UUUAAAAAAAACAGAAAAAACAAUAAAAAAAAUGAAAGAUUCAAUAACUUCAAAACAAAACUGUCAGAGAAAAAAACGCUGAUUUCAAAAUGUGACUUCAUUUAUGAAAAAAGAAAAAUCACAUGAAUCAAAUCAAAUCAUUCCUCAGAAAACAUCCAAACAGAUAUAACAAAAAUAAAACAUGAAUUCAUAAUAAUUUGUGUUUGUGAGUGAGUGGAUUUGUGUUUCGUGAGUAUGUGAAUUUGUGUUUGUGAAUGAGUGAAUUUGUGUUUGAGAGCAGGUGAAUUUGUGUUUGAGAGCGGGUGAAUUUGUGUUUGUGAAUGAGUCAAUUUGUGUUUGUGAGUGGGUGAAUUUGGGUUUGUGAAUCAGUGAAUUUGUGCUUGAGAGCGGAUGAAUUUGUUUGUGAAUGAGUGAGUGAAUUUUUGUUUGAGAGCGGGUGAAUUUGUGUUUGUGAAUGAGUGAAUUUGUGAGCGGGUGAAUUUGUGUUUGAGAGCGGGUGAAUUUGUGUUUGUGAAUGCGUGAAUUUGUGUUCGUGAAUGAGUGAAUUUGUGUUUGAGAGCGGGUGAAUUCAUGUUUGUGAGCGGGUGAAUUCAUGAUUAUGAGCAGGUGAAUUCAUGUUUGUGAGUGGGUGAAUUCAUGUUUGUGAGUGGGUGAAUUUGUGUUUGUGAGAGAGUGAAUUAUCAUUUAAAUGUCUAAAGUGAGGAAAACAGUAAUUAUAGUUAAAAACGAUGUUUGUUUGUUUGUACGUACACAAACAUCAUCGUCGUGGUCGUCAUGGCUGCGGCGGCUGAAGCUCCAUGUGUUUGUGGAGUCUCUGCAGGAUUAUGCUAAUGAGGUGGGCGGACUCUUAUCUGGCCGCUGCAGUGGUCGUUCUUCAGUCACAUGACGGCGACGCUCGAUUGUUGUAAAAGCUGCAGAUUUUUAUCACACGUCAUUUUUCCACCUUCGCUCUCGCCGCCGUGUUUUUUUUUUUGUUUUUUUAAAAAGAAUUUUUUUUUUUUAAAGUGUGACGAUGAGAGACGAACACACUCAGGCGAGCGAGCGCUGACUCUGACGCAGCUCGCCGUCGUCUCAUCAGAUAAGAAACCGCUGCUCUGCGACGCCAAACCUCCACGUUCCUGCUCCUCCACUCCACACAAGAGGGAAAAAAACUGGGUGCAUCUUCUGUUGCCAAGGAGACAGAAGGCACUCUGCUCCGUCCUCACGAGACGUGGACGUGGACUGGGGACCCGGCGCUCGUCCUCCCCGGGUCACUCGGUGAUGAAGUUUGUAACUUGUCAUUAACGGUCCGUGGUCCGUGGUCAGGAUCCUCAGCUGCGUCCGUCGCGCUCCUCGCUCGCUCACUCAGUCGCAGCUCGCUGAGCCCGAGCUGCAGAAUUAUCUCGGCUGUCACUGGGUCUGAAGCGAACACCGCAGCUGAGCCAUGCUGCCCGCAGCCAUCCAGAUCCUGGCCUUCGCUCUGGCGCUCCUGGGCGUCCUCGGCGCCACAGUUGCCACUCUGCUGCCCAACUGGACGGUGAGUGUCGGCUCCUGGUCCGGCGUCAUGGCCCCCGUCUCGCAGAUGCGAGGCCUGUGGAUGGACUGUGUGUGGUACAGCUCCGGCAUCUUCAGCUGCACCGUGCAGAACUCGGUGCUGUCGCUGCCUCCGUCCCUGCUGACCACGCGGGUCGCCAUGGUUCUGACCUGCAUGGUGGCGUCGUUCGGACUCUGCCUCGCGUCACUUGGACUCAAAUGCACUCGCUGGGGCGGCAGCCACCGAGCAAAGGGGCACACGGCCAUCGCCGCCGGCGCCUGCUUCGUCCUGGCGAGCUUCCUCUGCCUGGUCCCGGCGUCCUGGUUCACCAACGAGGUCAUCACCACCUUCCUGACCACAGGGCUGCCGGACAGCAGCAAAUAUCAGCCAGGGGGCGCUCUCUGCGUCAGCUUCAUCUCUGCCGGUUUCCUCCUGGCUGCGGGAGUCAUUUUCUGCCUGUCCUGUCCCGGAGGACGAACGAGACGACCGGACGACGCUGAGGCAGACGGAGCGCAGCACGGGAGGAGGAGGGAGGAGCACGGGAGGAGGAGGCGGGAGGAGCAGAGGAAGAGGCGGGAGGAGGAGAGGAGGAGGCGGGAACAGAAGGCCGAGCGAGUACGACCAGAACAGAGAGAGAACAAAAGUGUUUGGCUGCAGACGGACAAGCCGACGCCGCACCGCUCUCCCUCCAAACUCCUGCCGAAAGAUGUCAAGGACAGUUACAGCCUUCAGGAGUAUGUGUGA